GUUUUGGAGUGGUUGCAGGCGGCGUCCGGGCGCCCAGGUUAAAAGAUGGCUUUUGUGAAGAGUGGAUGGUUGCUGCGACAGAGUACUAUUUUGAAACGUUGGAAGAAAAAUUGGUUUGACCUGUGGUCAGAUGGUCACCUGAUAUAUUACGAUGACCAGAGUCGGCAGAGUGUUGAAGAUAAGGUCCACAUGCCAGUGGAUUGCAUUAACAUUCGCACAGGACAUGAAUGUCGGGAUGUUCAGCCUCCAGAUGGGAAGUCAAAAGAUUGUAUGCUGCAGAUUGUUUGCCGCGAUGGGAAAACCAUCAGUCUUUGUGCAGAAAGCACAGAUGAUUGUUUGGCCUGGAAAUUUACACUUCAGGAUUCCAGGACUAACACAACUUAUGUUGGCUCAGAAGUGAUGUAUGAUGAGACAAUUGUGGCUGCUUCGCCACCUCCUUACACAGCUUAUGCCACACCAACCCCUGAGCAGGCAUAUGGCUACAGUCCAUAUGGUGGUGCAUAUCCAACAGGAACUCAAGUCGUCUAUGCUGCAAAUGGGCAGGCUUAUGCUGUACCCUACCAGUACCCAUAUGCAGGACUUUAUGCCCAGCAGCCUGCCAAUCAAGUCAUCAUUCGUGAGCGGUAUCGAGACAAUGACAGUGAUCUGGCCCUGGGCAUGCUUGCGGGAGCGGCCACGGGAAUGGCAUUAGGGUCUCUGUUCUGGGUCUUCUAAAUUUCUUGACAUCUUUAGAUGUGCAUAGCUUCUGAGAGACUGUGUGCAAUAAUGUGUUCUGCAGGGCAUUUGUUUGUGAUACAUGUUUUCAAAAAUAGUUUAACAGUUCUGAAAACUGACAUUAUAAUUGUAACUAAUCCAUGCAAUUACCACAGAGUGCUGUUUAGCUAAAAUAUGGAGGGCAUCCUGAGAGUACUGACUAACUAGUUCCAAGAAUUUUUUGUGGAUCUCUUAUAAUAUCCUAUCGGAACAUCCCUGCUUUGAAAGUCAUGCUCUCUUUUAGAGUUAGACAUAGUGUUGAAGGGAUACCUUAAGUGUUAUGAAAGUCAUUUGGUAACAAGAGCAAGUGAUUCUAGCAAGAAAACCCAGUUUCUUUCAGUUUAACAACAUACUUUUCAAACUUGGGAUCAGAACUGGCUGUGUUGCUUCAGGGUGUUGUAUGCUGGAGAGUUCCCAGGAUAGGUUACCACAGCCUCUGGGAUUCUGUUGGCUUCUAACAAGUCUGCUGCUCAGGGUGAAGUCAGGGGAGAGGGGAAAUCUCUGUCCUUUACAGGGAUGCUUCUUAGUUUCUUUUUGAUUUCUUUUG